AUGCCAGAAAGUGGACCAGUUUAUCAGCCGACGACGGUUUCGUUUGAGGCCCGUCCCAGUGCCGGUGGUUUGCUGGCCCAAACUACUGCCGUGUCGUCGAUGAAGAUGCUCCGUAAACCGGCCAUCCAGGUGUCGAUACUUGUGUUCGGUUUGAUCAUGUUCGCCACAGGUAUAGCACUAGUUGCCAGCGGUUCUGCAGACUACUCCGAUGCCGAGCAGCAUCCGGAGAUCAACACGGAAGGCAAAGUACAGGAAGAGCAGAUUGAUGUGGGAUUGAUCGUAACCGGUGCGAUCAUUACACUGUUCGGGAUCAUAUUCUUAGGUUUGUACGUGAAGGUAGCAGAUUGGCGCCGUAGCUGCGUUUGUCCCUGUGUGCUGUCGAAAAAGCAAGGCCUGGCCCGGCAGUUGCAGGGCAACGGAGGCGGCCAGAUUCUUGCCCUAAAUCCGAGCACGGAUCCGCUGGUGUCACAUACGCAGUAUGCACCAGUGUCGGAAAUUCCCACGCGUCAGGAGGAUGAAGAACGGCGAAAUCUGAUGCCGGACAGCAAGGAUUCGUGUAUGAGCAGUGCGGAAGAAUCGGACCGGAUGUUGGAUACGGAUCCGAGAAUUGUGCUCCGGCCGAUCGGGGGUACCUUGGAGGAUGCUUAA